AUGGAAGUCAAGCGCAUCAUCCGUCUUCUUCUAGGACAAAAGAUCCCUCCUCGAACAACCCUAAAGCUCUACCAGGUCGUGCAGCCCGAGGGCACCUCCUUCAGCGUCACCAUCACCGGCCAUCUCAUCUCAUCGAAUUGGAGAAAUGGCGCUUCCGCGUCGGCUUCAACUGGCGCGAAGGGCUCACGCAAAGCCCGCGCAUUGAGGACUUCCCGAUCAUGCCGGCGGAGACUGCGCAGGCUCAUCUGA